CAAUAUCUGAGAUGUGCCAAGGUAUUUAGUGUUCUCUCAGACUUGUUAUUCUUUAUCAGGAGAUUCUUGCUUUCAUUGUGUCUGAAACCUAUGUAUGAAACCAUACCCAACAUUCCUCAGUGUAAAAGAAAGAGAAAAAAAAGUAUAGUUACUACAGUCUCCACUUAUUGAUUUCUUUGGUUUUGUCUGAAAUGCUGAGGGAACAUUGCGACAUCACUGAUGGGGUAGAUUGACAUGGUUGUAUCAGAUGAUUAUUUCAGUCACUGAUAUUCUUUGUGAAGGAAAUGGAUCUCUUUAAAGAUGCUCAAGUGAUGUAAUGUUGAUGAGCAACACAUGAGCUUAAAUAUGAAGCAAAUGCAUAUUGCAAGUAUUGGGUAAUUGUGCUUGGCAAUGCAGUGUUCAGUAAUGUAUCACAAUAUAUUACAGAAUAACAAGUUAAUCAUUUUCUCAUAACAUGGUUUGAAAUGGGCACAUCUAUGCCUCUUAAAGUUUGGUGCUUGUGAUGAACGUCUGUGUGCCAGGAAACAGUUGUACAACUCAGUCUCAAUAUUUGCUGUUGUCGUUUCACUUUACAGAUUUCCACUAUAUUUCCCCCAAGGCCUGGGAGAUGUCCAGCUCUUGUUUUACUGCUGCUUCUCAAGCAAGGCUGUCUCAAAAUAUCUACCUAGCCACAGGGAGGUAGCAACCCAUAGACCCCAAACCUGUCCGAGCUACCACAUCAAACAACGCCCCUUGUAGCCCUCACCAAAGACCUGCUAGAAAACACAACUGUCUCCGUUGCCCAGCAAACAAUGAGAACUGAAACCUUUGAGACGGGCCAUGAGGCUGAGAUCGCCCACACCACUGUGAGCGGUAAACGAACCCCCAUCUCAACAGCCCUGCAUCCAACCCCCUACCCUACCACUGCCAUCAACUCCUCCACAGAAUGGAUGUCCAAAUCCUCCAGGACAUCCAGUGACUGGUAGGUCUCAGUGCCUGAUCACCAUUGCUGUGCUGGCUGCUGUAAUGACGUUCAUUGUUAGCACCGUCAUCCUGACCAAGCUGAGGGGCAGCAGGUACAGACACGGGCCAGCAGCUACAGGGGCAGAGCACAGAGAUGGUGUGCAAUGGUCCCCACCAGUACCACUGAUUGAGGCCAGGGGAGAUCCAGACGUCCUAGAAGCAACGUAACCCUGAUGUCCAGCAGAGGAUGGGGACAACCUCACUCAACAGCUCCAUCCCAGACCUUGACGGAGGCUUGUAACACUAGUCAAACUCACAAUAUAUAACACUAGAGCUUUGAGUCUGUAAACUACAUAGCAAAUGUUUUGUUCUCAUACAGAAAAAGCUUUAACUUUCAGCAUUACUCUGAGAAAUCCAAAUCUAUCACUAUGGCCAAGCAUGUGUACACCUGACCUUUCCUGUACUUACUGAACAAAACCUUCAAAAAAUACAUCAAUAGGGGGAGAAUAAAAACAUCUGUCAAACUGAGUUGUUCAACCUAUGAUUUCAAAUCUUAUUAUGGCAAGGCUGAGCCACGAGGUGCUCCAAACAGCCGUGGGCAGAACAAAAGCCCUGCAGCGCCAGCAGGGAUGUGAGUUCUGAGGCACGUGUUUAUAGCAGACCAUAAAGUUUAUACGUUAGAUUUGUAUGUGUGAUAUGAUGAAAGACGGGCCCUCUGCCUGUGAGCUGGUCCUGUAGGCCGUGUGGAGACGGGCUGUAAUCUGGAACACGUAAUUAGAGGACUCCGUGCGAGGCAGAGAAACCUAGGGACUCGCCCUGUGGAGAACUAAAAUACCCACUAACCUUCAAAAUGUACAAAGAAUAAGUGUUAUUUUCCAUUUUAGAGAAUACUGAUUCAACUAUGAGUAAAGGUAAGGGGGAAGUGUUUUAUUUUCAUCUUUUGAUAAAGUCCUGCACAUAUUGUGCUGCUGCUCCAGUGCUUUAGUCCUGCACUAACAUCGACAACACUUCAGCCUCGUUUUGUAUUUGACCUCAUUGCUCAACUUUCAGGAUUGCCACAUGAACCAGUGAAUCAGGGAUUGUGAAUAAUUCGACGUAUCUAUUUGUAGUGGACAAAGAUGUCCCAGUCCCCCUCAUCAAUCUCCCAUCAUAUGUAAUGUUUAGGAACAGACAAGGAAAAUAUAUUCAGUAUGGCAGCCCCUAACUGUCCCCCCUUUCUAGACUGACCAAAGCAUCCACCAAAGUGUGUGAGCAUCCACCAAUGUCCCUCUGCAAGGAGAGGAGGAUUUGGGGGAGGUAGCAGGAGAAGAUGGAAAUGUAGAGGGAUGGACAUCUUUCUGCAAUCAGCAGGCUUUUGUUUUUUAGAACUGGAGAAAUAACUUUCAGUAUACUUCAAGUUAUAGAAGGGUGGAAACUUGGAUGCUCUCUCUCUUUUUCCCUCAAUUUCCUUCUCUGCUCUCUCUCUCUCUCUCUUCCGCUCCCUCUCCCCUUCUCUGCUGUUUAGAAUCCCAGUACCAUUCAGUCCAGAGGAGACACCAGCCAGACAUACAAUCUGAUUCUGAAAGAAAGAUGAGGCACCACUUGAUUCUUCACCUGUCAUGUGUGAGUCUGGUUAUGCUCUGGGGCCAUGGCUGUGCCAGGCAUGUGCCAAUGGUCUACAGCAUUUCCAUGGAUGGCAGUGGUGACGGAGGGGAGCCGGAUCUUAUAUUCCCCGUUGAUAGCCCCCACCACCCUGUCUCCCCCACCGCCGAUGUCGCCCCCACCGUCGAUGUUGGCCCCGUUGAUGUCUCCCCCACCACUACCCUAGCCCCCACCCUGGUCAGCACCAUCACCAACACCAUCACCACCACCAUGAUCCGCCUCAAGGACUUUAUGGUCACCCGGGUGGUGGACUUCCUCCAGGAUAAUAUGCUGAUCAUCAUCGUGGUCACCUCCCUCCUCAUUGUCAUGAUCUUCAUCAUCUGCUGUGCCGCUACCAUGAGCCAAAAGCGCAAGUUGGAGGCCUACAAACUCCCUGCCAACUCACCCAGCAAGUACAUGGACCACACGGCGGAAGGAGUCAAAUCCUCCAGUGAGGUCCAGACUAGGGUGUGCGGCGGGCCUGACUCAGCCAGGAGGGUCCAGAUCCAGGGAACCCCCAAGAAUCUGCGGACCCCUUCUGCUGCGCUGGUGGGGGAAAAGGUGGGCAAGGAGCCCAAACCGAAGGAGGUCCAGAAAGUGAAGGAUGUAGAGGAGAAGGAGACGCGGAGAGUGGAGCCUAAGCACAAAGGGCAGAAGGCUGAGGAGGUGCAGCAAUGCUCCAGCCCCAGCACCAGCCAGCCUAUGGUCUGCACCUGCCACCUGAGGAAGGCCAACCACUAAGUAUAGGUUGGGGCUCCAACCAUGUAAACUAGCAAAAAAAGGAGAGAGAAACCUUUUCUUGUGCGGAGGGAACUACCUGGGUAUGUCCGUUGCUGUGUGCCAAACUUGUAUGUGGAAUCUUACCUUGUGGAUAACUUUUAGCAUACAGAUACUGUACAAUUAGGUCUAAAGAGCAUACUAUCAGGCCUUUAAAACAUAAUGAAUUUCAGCCCUGACUCCUUUUUGAUAUAUCUGAUAAUUUAUUCCUCCUAUACUUUCCUUGUUGUAGAAAACAGUCAUUGUGAAAUAUGAGAUUUGUUCAUCAUUUGAUAGCUUUCAAAGCGACAUCAAAACAUAUACCAAGACAGUGUUUAUAGGAUGUUUGCAUGUUAUUACUGUUGGGAAAUUGUACUACUCAGUUAAGCUUAACUAAAGAGAUGUAGAUCACAGAGAAAAAAGAAAGUUAUCUUCUGUGAAUGAUAGAAAGCCAAGCUUAUUUCUGUUUGCUAACUCUAUGGGGAUAACCUGGCCAGUUGAUUUCAACACAGUAAAUGAUUGAUGUGAGAAAAUGUAUUUUCUUUUAGCAAUGGACUUCUUUUUCUCUUUUACUUCAUUAGAAAUGUUACAAUUAUAUACACGUCACACUUGGUGCUUUGUGGAUUAAUAUUGAAGAGAAUUUGCUAAUGCUAUAUGGAUAGACGGUAGAGCUGCUUUUGUUUUUGUUUUUGUAUUACAUUAUCUAUUUUUCCCGAACAUCAAAACAACUGUGAUUUGCAGGUGCGAGUAUGUGGUUACAAAGGUCAGUGCAAGUUUUUAUUAAAAAUGGACUUACAUUACUCAAGUAAAUUAAAAUCCCCAAAUUCACCUGAAUCCCUUUAAGGAUUGUUUUACAGUGACCCUCAGUUCUGCUGUACAUUAUGGUCAUUUUGUUUGGUAAUGGAUCUUAUUUUAUUUUUGUCCAGUUUCAAUAGAGAUUUUGUUGAUAUUUGUUUUUCUGGAAAUUGUGUAAAAGUGUAAAAGACUUGCAUUGAGUGUGAGAUUUCACCAUGUUCAUUAAGUGUUUCUAAAACAUACACUGAACAAAAAUAUAAACGCAACCUCUCAAGCGUUGGUCCCAUGUUUCAUGAGCUGAAAUAAAAAAAUCCCUGAAAUUUUCCAUAUGCACAAAAAGCUUAUUUCUCUCAUAUUUUGUACACACAUUUUUCACAUCCCUGUUAGUGAGCAUUUCUCUUUUGCCAAGCUAAUCCAUCUACCUGACAAGCUUUACACAGGUGCACCUUGUGCUGGGAACAAUAAAUGGCCACUUUAAAAUGUGCAGUUUUGUCACAACACAAUGCCACAGAUGUCUCAAGUUUUGAGGGAGCGUGAAAUUGGCAUUCUGACUGCAGGAAUGUCCACCAGAGCUGUUGCCAGAUCAUUUAAUGUUCAUUUCUCUACCAUAAGCUGCCUCCAAUGUCGUUUUAGAGAAUUUGGUAAUACGUUCAACUGGCCUCACAACCGCAGACUACGUGUAACCACGGCAGCCCAGGACCUCCACAUCUGGCUUCUUCACCUGGAAAUCGUCUGAGGGGAGGUGGAGGGGGUACUGAGGAGUAUUUCUGUCUGUAAUAAAACCCUUUUGUGGGGAAAAAUUAAUUCUGAUUGUCUGGACCUGGCUCCCCAGUGGGUGGGCCUAUGCCCUCCAAGGCCCACCCAUGGCUGUACCCCUGCCCAGUCAUGUGAAAUCCAUAGAUUAAGGCCUAAUUUAUUUAUUUAAAUUGACUGAUUUUCUUAUAUGAACUAAAGUAGAACAUUUUUAAUUGUUGCAUGUUGCAUAUAUAUUUUUGUUCAGUAUAAAUUGCCAUAUGGAGUUUGACCAUCUCUGAAUGGUAGUGUUGGCAUGUUUGGUCACAGGGUGUGUAAAAACAGCCUUUGA